AUGCAAGGAGCAGCAGCAGCAACAAUGGAGCCGCAGCAAGAGCUGCAGCAGGGGUCGCCGCAGCAGCAGCCUGCUGCGCGGCUGCUGCUCAGCAGCAGCAAGACUGUUUGUGGAAAGACCUUUGCUAUGGCACGCCCGCGCCAGCAGCAGCAACAGCAGCAACUGCAGCAGCAGCAUCUGCAACAGCAGCAGCUGCAGCAGCAGCUGCAGCAGCAGCAUCUGCAACAGCAGCAGCUGCAGCAGCAGCUGCAGCAGCAGGGACAGCACUGCGAGCAAGGAAAUGAUGAAGAGAACCUCCUGCUGCUGCUGCAGCAGAGACGCAUGCAGCUGCGGCAGCAGCAGCAGCAAAUCCUACAGAGGCUGGCAGGAUGUGGGGAACUACCUCAGCAGCAGCAGCAGCUGCAGCAGCAGCAGCUGCAGCAGCAGCAGCUGCUACAGCAGCAGCAGCAGGGGGACAGCAAGUCAGGAGGGUUAGGCCUUUCCCCUACCAGGCGCGGAGAGGAAUAUGCACACAUGCAGCAGCAAGUCCAAGGAGGCGUCCUGCAGCAGCAGCAACAGCAGCAACAGCAGCAGCUUCAGGUGCAGCACUUGCUGCAGCAGCAGCAGCAGCAUGGGGGAACCCUCAUGACAGAUUUGCUGCUGGAGGGGCACACGCAAAGCAUCAUCGUCAGCAGCAGCAGCAGCAGUGCAGAAGAUGCCUGGGGUGCAGCAAAAGAAAAGCAGCAGGAGCAGCUGCAGCAGCAGCAGCCACAAGAGCGGCAGCAGCAGUGGGGGCAGCAAGACCAAUUGCUGCUGCUGCAACGACUGCGCAUGCAGAGGCUUCAGCUGAAGCAGCAGCAAAAGGCGCUGCAGCAGCAAUUGAGUGAGCAGCAACAGCAGGGCGCUGAAGACACACAGCAGCAGCAGCAGCAGCAGCAGGCGCUGAAGCAGCACCAGCAGGUGCUGCAGCAGCCGGAAAUGCAGCAGCAGCAGCGGAUGCAGGAACAGCUUUGGCAGAGUGAGGAUGACUAUAGCCCCAGCUUUGCCUUGCAGCGGCAGCAAAAGCAGCAACAGCAACUGCAGCAGCGGCAGCAGCAAAUGCAGCACCAGCAGCGACAGCAAGGUAGCAAGGCCUCAACUAAGGCCACAGAACUGCAGCAGACACCGAUACCUCCACAAACGCACCAGCAGCAGCAGCAGCAGCAGCAGCAGUUCCCUCAAGUCGACUCCUUUUUGCCUCCCCGGAGGCAGCAGCAGCCGCAGCAGCAGCAGUCUCCACAGCUGCAGCAGCAAGCGCAGCAGCAAGCGCAGCAGCAAGCGCAGCAGCAUGCGCAGCAGCAAGCGCAGCAGCAUGCGCAGCAGCAAGUGCAGCAGCAAGCGCAGCAGCAAGCGCAGCAGCAUACGCAGCAGCAAGCGCAGCAGCAAGCGCAGCAGCAAGCGCAGCAACAGGCUCAGCAGCAAAUGCAGCAGCAAACGCAGCAGCAACAGCAGCAGCACGCAAGGGCUGCUGCUGCUGCAACAGGGAACCUCAACCACUGCAGCAACAAAGGUGUCCUGAGGCGGCAGCAGCGACAGGCGCCUGUGUCUGUACACCAGGAACUGCAGCAGCAGCAGCUGCAGCAGCAGCAGCAGCAGCAGCAAAGAAGGCAAAGAGAGGAAAACCUAAGGAAACUCUCUGAGGAAAGACGCAUGCGCCUUGCGCGCCAUCUGCAGCAGCAACAGCGGCGGCAGCAGCAGCAGCUGCUGCAGCACUGGCAGCAACAGGGCCAGCAGAAGCAGCUCCAGCUGCAGCAGCAGCUGCAGGAGCAACAGCAGCAACUGCAGCAGCGGCAGCUGCUGCUGCAGCAAUCCAGCAGGUCGCUUCAGACACAAUCGCGCAAAGAAAGUGCAGCAAGGCCAAGGGCCUCUAACCUGCAACAGCAGCAACAGCAGCAACAGCAGCAGCAAGAGCACGUGCAGCAGCAGCAGGAGCACAAGCAGCAGCAGCCCAGGCAACAGCAGCUGCCACACGUGCAACUGCAGCGGCACAAGCAGCAGCAGCAGCACCUAUCAGCUCCGCCCCAGCCACACAGGCAGCAGUGCACCCUGCAGCAGCAGCAGCAGCAGCAGCAGCAACGCGUGCAGCUGGAGCAUCGACAGCAGCAGCAGAAACAACAGCAAAAAGGACAGCAGCAGCAAGUGCAGCAGCAGCAGCAGCAGCAGAGCCAGCUUUCCCAUAAAGAAGCAGCACAUCUGGACUUACAACACAACCGGCGCACACAGGUUAGCCGCAGUAGCAGCCGCAGCAGCCGCAGCAGCAGCAGCAGCAGCAGCAGCAUUUGCUACCGUGAGUACACCGCUUCUGCUCUCCCCCCAUUUGCUGCCCUGCAGCAGCUGCAGCACGAGGCCGCUGCGGCCAUCCAGCGGGCCUGGAGAGAGCUGUGUGCCUUCGCCUCAGGGUUCAUUUGCCGUAAGAUAGUAGCAACAGCAGCAGCAGCAGCAGCAACAGCAGCAGAAGCAACGCAAGAAGCAGCAGCAGAAGAGGCAGCAGAAGAAGAAGAGCAGGAAAUGCAGCUGUCAAGCCCGCAGCACCGCGAACUUCCUGCAGCAGCAGCAGCAACAACAGUAGCAGCAGCAGCAGCAACAACAACAACAGUAGCAGCAGCAGCAGCGAAAUCACCUGCAAGAGCGCCAGCAGCAGCACCAAUACGAGGCCCAGCUGCGAUCGCAGCAGCAACAGAAAUAACAGAGGCCUCUAGCAAAAGUGCUGCAGCAAGUGCUGCAGCAGCAGUGGCUGCAGCAGAUUCGCCUGCAAAGGCACUGCCACCAGAACACGAGGACUUCUUACCGCAGCAGCAGCAGCAGCAUGGACAGCCCCAGCAGCAGCCGGGACAGUUGCGGCAGCAGGGACAGCAGCAGCAGGCGCAGCAGCAACAGCAGGCGCAGCAGGAGCAACAGGGGCAGCAGCUGCGGCAGCAACAGCAGCAGCAGCAGCAGCGGCAGCAGGAGCAGCAGCAGGAGCAGAAGCAGGGGCAAGAAAAAGACAAUACGGUAGAAGCAAACUCACUUGAUGCUCUCAUGCGUAAAACCGCAUGGAAGCUGCAGCAACACGCUCUGCAGCAGCAGCAGCAGCAGCAGCAGCAGUUGGAGCAGGAACGGGAGCAGCUGCAGUGGCAGCACAAUUUACAAGCGACAAGAAGUACUGCCAUGACUGCAGCAGCAGCAGCUGCUGCUGCUGCAAAGGCAGCAGCAGAUCCGCUGUGCAGCGCUGCAGCAGAGUCAGCCAACGGCAGCUGCAGCAGCAGAAGCAGCGUCAGCAGCAAAAGUCCUGCAGCAUGUGCUGCAGCACUUGAGCUGCAAGCAGCACAUGAAUAUGUGACUAAGCAGCAGAAGCUCGACUUGCUGCUGCGGGAACUGCUGGCCCUCGUGCAGGAGAAGCUGCCGCUGCCGCCGGAGCAGCAGGAGCAGCAGCAGCAACAGCGGCAGCAGCAAGAGCAGCAGCAGCAGCAGGAGUCUCAGGUGCAGCAGCUGGAGGAAGAAACGUCGCACGCCCAGCGCCAAAAGCCGCAGCAGCUGCCGCAGCCGCAGCAGCCGCAGCAGCAACAGCAGCAGCGGCCGCAGCAGCUGCCGCAGCCGCAGCAGCCGCAGCAGCAGCAGCAGCAGCGGCCGCAGCAGCAGCGGCCGCAGCAGCAGAGACCGCAGCAGCAGCAGCCGCAGCAGCUGCAAAAGCGGCAGCCUCACCAGCAGCUGCUGGUGUCGCAGCAGCAGCAGCAGCAAUGGCAGCAGCAGGAGCUGCCGCAACAGCAGCAGGAAACUCGUGCGCAGGAGCCGGAACAGGAAGCAUCACGCGUCGAGUGCCAGCAGCAGCAGCAGCAGCAGCAGCAGACACGGCAAAACCUGACUCACCAAGGAAUCGCAGCACAGCAGCAGGUGCAGCUGCAGUCUUCGAGCUCACCUGGGCAGCAGCAGCAGCAGCAGCAGCAACGGCAGCAGCAGCUCUUGCCGCCGCAGCAGCAGCAGCAGCUGCAGCAGCUGGAUUCUAGCUAUACCCCUAGAGCGCCGCUGUAUUCCCUGCUGCCGCUGCAGCACCGCAGGAAAGAGGGGGUGGGAAGCAGAGCAGCAGCAGCAGCAGCAGCAGCGGGUGCAGAAAGAGUUCCCAUCACCCCGCGUGAUGCAGUAGAGCAGCAGCAACAUGAUGCAGCAGCAGCAGCAGCAAGAGCUUGUCUUCCGUCUAGCACCUGCACGGCAGCAUCACCUCGGAUGCAGCAGCAGCAGCAACACGAGGGAGCAGCAGCAGCAGCUGAUGCUGCAGCAAGGGGCUACCCAGCUUCGCCACGGUACGCUUUAGAGUCUCCUCGCUUGCUGACGCAGCAACAACAGCAGCAGCAGCAAGACAUCGCAGCAGCAGCAGCAGCGCGAGCCUACCUGGCCUCUCCGAGGUGUCCUCUCGAGUCUCCUCGUUUGCUGCAGCAGCAGCCGCAGCAGCCGCAGCAGAAGCUGCAAACUCUGAGUGCUGCCGCUAGCCCAAGAAGCCCUCGGCCUGCCCGCUUCCCGGCCGAAGCAGCAGCAGCAGCUGCUGCUGCUGCUGCUACUGCUGCUGCGCAGCAGCACAAGCUGCUGCACCGCGCAGCACCUGCAGACGUCGAGGGCCUUGUCCACGCAGUGGUGAGAGCGGGAGCUGCCCCUAGUGUUUUUGUCUCGGAGUCCCCCAACCCCCGCAGCAAGCUGCUGCGAGAGCAAGCAGCAAAGCUGCAGCAGCAGCUAAACCCUCAGUUUCAGCAGCAAAACUCAAACCCUCCCUUCAUCAAGUGGAAAGAUCUUCUGCAUCAAGUCGUGCAGCGCGCUGCAGUUGGCUACUGCGGGGCCCUGCUGCUGCCAGAAGAGCAGCAGCGGCCUGAGUUGCUGCUGCUGCUGCCAUACUUCAAACCCGCGAAAGACGCAUACGGCGGUGCUGCAGCAGCAGCAGAUCUCACCACUGUUGCAUUUGAGAGACACCUGGGGCCUCAGCGGCUGCAGCGCCGCCUGCUGUCUCUCCCCUGCGAGCAGCUAGCAGCCAUCUUUAGCCCCCGGCAGCAGCAGCAGCAGCAGCAGCAGCAGCAGCGGAGAGAACAGCCCCAGAAAGCCCAAAUGCAGCAGCAGCAGCAGCAGCAGAGAGAACAGCCCCAGCAAGCCCAAAUGCAGCAGCAGCAGCAGGAAGAGAAGCUCCAGCAAGCUCAGAUGGAGCAGCAGCGGCACCAGCAGCAGCAGCAGCAGCAGCAAACUCAGCAGAAAGGGGAAGACCACCACAAGCAGCAGCAGCAGCCGCAAGAUGCUGCCGCUUGUCGAGGGGCAGCAGCAAUCGCUGCGUUGGUGCCUCAGCAACAGCAGCAGCAGCACGUGGAACAGCAGCAGCAGCAGGCAGAACAGCAGCAGCAGCAGCAGCGGCAACAGCAAGCGGAGCAGCAGCUGCAGCAGCAUCCGCAACUGGAACAGCAGGAGAAACCGCAGCUGCCGCUUUUUCAGGGACAUCAGACGCAGCAGCAACUGCAGCAGCAACUGCAGCAGCAGCAACUACAACAACAGCAGCAGCAAGCAGCACAGGCUGGAGAGCCCGCGAAAGCCUCUGUUGCUGAUGCUGCUGAUGCUGCUGCAUCCCCUGCUGCUGCAGCAGCACCAACUGCUGCUGCAGCAGCAUUCAGCAGCAGGUGCAGCAGCGUCAGCUUGAGCUCUCCCCGAGAUGACAGCAGCAGCAUCAGCAGCAGCAGCAGCGAUGAGGCCCCUUCUUUGAGACGUGCUGUGCUGCCGAGCCCUUGGUCAAAAGAUCAGCAGCAGCAGCAGCAGCAGCAGGUGCUGCUGCAGCAGAUGAUGCAGCGCGAGCAGCAGCAGCUGUGGCACCACCAGCUGCCUGCAGCAAGCGACGACAGCAGCAGCAGCGACGAAGACACUGUGCCCCUUGCAGACCUGCCUGCUGCAGCAGCAGCAACUGCAGCACCUAGAGCUGCAUCAGCAGCAGCAGCAGCAGUGGCUGAUUGUGCUGCAGCUGGUACAACAGCAGCAACUGACUGUGCUGCUAGUGCAGCAACUCAGGCAGAAGCAACUGCAGCAGCAGCGUGCUCUGCUGCUGCAGCAGCUGCAACACUGCAACUCACAGGCAACAGCAACACUUAG